AUGGCGCGCCUGCAAGCCUACCAACGCCUGGCGACGCAGCGCCUCGACAUCGCCGACUUUCUGCUGGUUUACAUCGAGGAAGCCCACCCCUCCCCGACGGCUGGGUCAGCACCGACGCCGCCUACCAGAUCCCGACCCACCAGUGCCUGCAGGACCGGCUCCGCGCCGCUCAGCUCAUGCUCCAGGGGGCCCCCGGGUGCCGGGUGGUGGUGGACGCCAUGUCCAACGCCUCCAACGCCGCCUACGGCGCCUACUUCGAGAGGCUCUACGUCAUCCUGGACGGAAAGGGUGGUCUACCAGGGGGGCCGGGGCCCCGAGGGCUACAAGAUCGGGGAGCUCAGGAACUGGCUGGACCGGUACCAGAACCGGGCGACUGCCAAUGGGGCGCUGGUCAUCCAGGUCUAG